GUCAUCGAGAAACACGGAAAUAAUUUAUUAGUAUUCAAACUUAUCUCCUGAAUAGCACUUAAAAUAUUGAAGAAAUGAGUCUGAAAGAUGUUUUCUGAUCUACAUGCUAUUUAAAUUUUCUUUUGGAUCUUGAUAGACUGUCUUUCGAGUGUUCUGAACAUGAACAACUGUCAUGGGAAUACCCAUGGUUGCUGUGAUGGAUAUUUCCGGGAUAGAAACGUGGGGGCUUGUGUCAAAUGCCCAAAAGGAUAUACAGCCACAAACUGCUCUGAAAAAUGUAGGUACCCAAGCUACGGAGUGGAGUGUCAACUCGAAUGUCAAUGUAAUGAGACGGAAUGUCACUACAGUACUGGCUGCAUGAAUAUUUCUACAGAAAAUUUAAGAAUGUUGUAUCAUUACUAUGCAGCAACAACAUUUCUUCGAAAUAACUAGGAUUGUCUAAACUUCAAUGUCUACUUAUUGGCCUUUUAUAGUAUUUGAGGUUCUCUUAUAUGAAAAAUAUACCGGGCUGACAU